GGCUCUCUGCAGGGUGUCACAAGCCUGCGAAGAUGGCGACUGCGGGGAGGAAUACACUGCUAUCCGCUAGCUUAACUGUAAAUAACAGCGCAACGGAGAACCAAAACCCAGAAGAGGACGACGGACAGAAUUUAUGGUCAUCGAUAUUGAGUGAAGUAUCAACGCGUUCACGGUCCAAGCUGCCAUCGGGGAAGAAUGUCGUGGUUAUGGGUGAAGUGGGAUCCGGUAAGACUACCCUGGUGGCCAGACUGCAGGGUGUGGAGGAAUACAUGAAGGGUCGAGGCUUGGAAUAUCUAUACUUUAACGUGCAUGACGAGGACGUAGAUGACCAUGCACGGUGUAACGCGUGGGUGCUGGAUGGGGAUCUGUAUCACAAAGGCCUGCAGAAGUUUGUUCUUUCUGUGGAUAACCUGGCUGACUCUCUGGCCUUGUUCGUGGUGGAUCUGUCCCGGCCCUGGCUGGCCCUAGACUCUCUGCAGAAAUGGGCGAGCGUGGUGAGGGACUACCUGGACAAACUGCGAGUGCCUCCUGAGACCAUGAGAGAGCUGGAGCACAGAUUGGUGAAGGAGUUCCAGGAGUAUGUAGAGCCAGGCAGUGAUCUGGAAGCCGUGCCCCAGAGGAGAAAUCCUGAGUCGGAGGAGGAGAGCAUUGUUCUGCCCCUGGGGGACAACACAUUUACACACAACUUAGGCAUUCCUUUAGUGGUGGUCUGCACUAAGUGUGAUGCUAUCAGCACUCUGGAGAAGGAGCACGAUUAUAGAGAUGAGCACUUAGACUUCAUCCAGUCACACAUCCGGCGCUUCUGUCUGCAAUAUGGAGCAGGACUACUCUACACAUCCAUGAAGGAGAAUAAAAAUCUAGACUUGUUAUAUAAAUACCUCGUGCACAGGUUAUAUGGCUUUCCAUUCAACUUCCCCGCCCAGGUGGUGGAGAAGGAUUCAGUGUUUAUUCCGUCGGGAUGGGACAACGAAAAAAAGAUUGCCAUUCUACAUGAAAAUUUCCAGACAGUAAAAGCAGACGAUAACUUUGAAGAUGUAAUAGUGAAGCCACCAAUUAGAAAGUUUGUACAUGAGAAGGAAAUUCAAGCAGAAGAUGACCAAGUGUUUCUUGUAAAAUUGCAGACACUGUUAUCCAAACAGCCUCCGGUUACUGCAGGAAGGCCAGUGGACGCCUCAAACAGGGUUCCAACAGGCUCUCCAAGGACAACUAACCGCUCAGCGGCUGCUAACGUGGCCAACGUCAUGCCCAUGCAAUCAGGUACCAAGAAGAUUGAUCCCAACAUGAAAGGUGGUCAGACCAGCGAGGGCGUGCUGGCUAACUUCUUCAACAGCCUCCUGACUAAAAAAGCAGGUUCACCUGGCCCUGGUGGCCAGCCCGCAGGGGGAGGGAGCAACACUCCUGGAACAGUCCGCAAGUCAGAUCUCUGACAUCAACAACGGCUCUAAGUUGGGGUUGACGGACGUCCAGGCGGAGCUGGACCGAAUUUCCAACAAAUCGGACCUGGAUUCCUCCGCAACCACGCCCCCUGCUGAAAACGACGAAUCCUGAACAAGAAGCAGGAUUACUCACUGUCACACCCCGCCCCUGUACUCUCCGCCCCCUCAAAAUUUGCCUCCCUUCUUCCACCUGUCCUCUCUUCCUGACCUCUCCCCUGUCCAUCUCACCACCACUCCUUCAGAGGGGAAGUUGAAAUACUCCCCUUAAGGCCAGUGACUCCAGACUGCAUGUUGGGCGGAUUGCCUGGCUAUGUCUGUUUCUGUAUACACGUGCACACACAAACACAAACACACACACACUGCUCAUGUAUCUGUGUGAAGAGAGUGAGAAAGAGUGGUGCUGUUGGAUUGGGUUAGUCAGAUAUGUAAAACAAGACAGUGAAAGUUAGCAGGUUCUAAGGGAAGCAGAGAGAUUUAGGACUAUGUUAAGUGUAGAGAGGAAGGAUGGGGUUUGCGUUUCUGAUGAAUGUGAGGUUUUUUGUUUUGUUUUUUUGUUGCAGUAAUAUUUUAAGUGACGGGGUUAAUCUGUCCCUUCAUGAUUGUUGUCCCUUGACGUUAUAAACAAGCGCACAUUUCUAGAAUAUCUAGAUAUCUUAAAAACAAUCUGGACAAAGAAGGGAAGCGUCAUGUUUUUGCCAUAGAGAGCGGUGUGGCCUAGCCUGAGUGCUUUAUGACAUCAGAAAGCAUAGGCGUGGUCACCAUGUACAGCUGUUUUCAUUGGAUAGCCUUAGUACACUACACGUUUGCGCAGACACAAACAAAUCUCCACUGGGCUUCCCUUUUUUUUUUUGGUUAAUCAUAGGACUUUCACAGAGGCUUUACUUUGUGACUAUGCUAUUGCCAGGUCAGUUAUUUUGAAGUCUAAUUUUUUUUUUGAAGCUAGUGUUUUGUUUACAUGAACUUAAACAGGAAUUUUUCAUGACGAUUCCUUUUUAGUGCUGCAAAGCUCAGCAUUCUAAUCCAGUCUUGGGACAGUUUAUGAGGCUUUUGACUAUGUGUUUACAGUACUAGAACAUUCAUAGCAAUUAGAGCUUCCGAACACAUUUCAACGGGUGAUUGCCUGUUAAAGGCAAUGUCGAGAUUCUUGGCACCUUAACAUACCUCCUAAUAUACCAAGCAAAUCAAGUGGCAGGAGAACACCUGUGCAUACCUUUAAUUUCUCGAUGACAGUAAAAACCUCUUAAUGUUGCACUACGGGUGAGCGUUAGAACUCUGGCCAGUACACCAGAAGUCAAUCAGAAUACUAAAUAUAGUCAAGGCAGACAGCUUAUUUAGGGUCAUGUGGUGCAUUUCCACUGUGGCACAGCAGAGGGCGUGCCUAGUUCAUGAAGUAACUCUACAAAUUAUGGAUGAUCUAUAGUGCACAUGAUUUUAGAACUGGCAACCAUGUUUCUUGUACAAAUGUACUUUUUUUUUGUUUUUAUAUUUUCUAAUGAGCUUUGAUACGUGAGUGAUGUGUGUUUUCUCCCUUCGUUAGACUUCAGUCCUUUACUGACGGAUGCACUACAACUCAUGCAAAUGUGAUCAGUAUUACUCUCUGUACACUAGCCCUGGUGUUUGUGUGUCUGCCUAACUCUGUGGGCGUGCGGUUGUGUGUGUUAAGAAAGAGGUGGUCUGUAGUGUAGUUGUAGUUCAGGUGGAAGCUAGGCGAUGUUGUCUGUAGAGUCUAGAGAAAGUUACUGAAGUCAGUCAGAAGGGGGCGGGGAGGAGGAGGUAGAUGUGGCAGGGCAUGUGAGGUCAAAGGUCACCCUCUCCUGUGAGAAUGUACAGUCAUUCAUGUUAAACUUUUGGGUGGACAGGGGAGCUAAAGGAGGAAAAUUUAAAACAAAAAAAAAAAGGAAAAAAAAAACUACAAUAACAAGGUCCUGUAAUUUCACAAGAUGUAGUGAUGUUUCUCUGGAUCAGGUCUGUAAGCAUUCUAUUAAAGUUGUAUUUAUUGGGAAUGGC